AUCGAAUCCCAGUCAUCAGAACAUACCUGUUCAGCUCAGUUAUACCUGCUCGGCUCAGUUAUUUAAUUUCAGCUAUUUUGCUUGGUUGUUUGAUCCACACUCUGAAAAAUGAAUCCAGAGCAGCCUGAAGAGGAUUUUAAAGAAAGACAAAAUUCAUGGGGAACCCCGGAGCUCUUCCUUGCAGGACGGCAUGUGAGUUUACAGAGUCUGAAAGAAAAAAGAAUACAGAAUAGAUACUUAGGAAAGAAUAUCACACCCUACCCAAGUCCAGUCGAGUUCUGGGUUUCAGAUGUCACCCAUGUUACUGACAAGUCUGGAUAUAAGGGGAUAAUGAAGUCCGAGGCUUUUAAGCCUGGAAAAGAGUUCUCAUGGUGGAGCUUAAAAAUCAAUGAAAAUGAAAUACUUGAAGCAGAACAACGCUACAUGGAAAGAAAUGAUGUGCUGGAACCAUUUCUGAAGAAGUUCACCACAUCACCUGCAUUCAAACCAGAAUCUCGCUUCGGUAAUUAUCGCUUCACAUUUCCCCUCACUGAUCUGAUCAAAUGGUACAAAGAACAGAACUGUGGAGGAAAAGAGCCGGUCCUCAGAGUGCAUGAGACUGUCAUCUACAAACAGAAGAUUAUGUACACUGUGCUGAUACACAGUCCUGAGGAUAACAAGCGUUUUGGAAAAUACCCACUUCUUGAAAAUAGUGAGUGGGUUAACUACCAGGAUGGAAAGAUUGUGUGGAAAGCACAAGCUAUUUGUGAAACCCACUCGUACCAGUUUAUAUCAGGAACAGCAAUAAAGAUAAAUACUGAAUAUCCUGAGUAUUAUGUCUGGGAUCAGGUUUGUUUGGUCUUUCACUUGCCACCUCCUAAAACCCUGAAAAUCUCAAAAGACGACCUUAAAAACUCCUUCAGUCUCUGUGAACGUAUGACAAACAAGGACAACCAGACUCAUGAAGAAUACCGGGAAGCAGUAAACAAAAUGGAGGAAUUGAAAGUGUCAAAAAAGCAGGAGAAAAAAAAACCAUAAGAAAGAAAAUGAAAUAUAUAUAUGAUAAUUCAAAGUAAAAAGAUUUGGGAAGCAUAUUCACGAGUAUAAAGUUUUAUUUCCCUACAUGAGAUUUAAUAUUCAUAUCUAACUUCUAACAGUUUGGGGGGGAAAAGUGCAAUCAUUUCUAUAAUCAUAUUAGUUAAAUUCUUUUACAGUGUGUUAUGUGAUUUCUGAUGAUUUUUUUAAAUUAUUUUAUUUUAUGGGUCAGGAAGUAACAGUAAAAUAUACAUUUUUGUUAAUCAUUUAUCUUCUGAUAUGGUUACACCCUGAUGACUCAUUGUUUCUUUAAAUUGUUUGUAUUCAUUUCUUAUCUGGUUUUACUUUUUUGUCUUGAUAGUCAUAUCAAUUCUUACCCCUAUUGUGUUUUAUAUAAUCAAGCAUGUCUCAAGACUUGUUGUUUUAUACCAAAUUCUGAUGUCUAAUCAUUUUGGAAAUAUGAUUUGGUUGUGGUAUAUAUUAUUUGUUCUCUAAAUAAACUUUGGAAAGACAA